AUGAAGGAUCUGAGGAAGAGAAAGCUGUACGUGGUGGUGGACCUCCUGUGCGUGCUUGUGGCGGCACUUCCCUUCAUUGUCAUGACCAUUGUGUCCAAGCCGUAUCACAGACGCAUCUACUGUGACGAUGAGAGCAUCCUGUACCCCCUCAAACCUGACACCAUCACCCACGGCAUGCUGGCUGCUGUCACCAUCUCCUGCACCGUCAUUAUAAUCUCAUCUGGUGAAGCCUAUUUGGUCUACAGCAAGAGGAUAUACUCAAACUCAGAUUUUAACCAGUAUGUAGCCGCCCUGUACAAAGUGGUGGGGACGUUUAUGUUUGGAGGAGCUGUGAGCCAGUCCCUCACAGACUUGGCCAAGUACACCAUCGGCCGCCCAAGGCCCAACUUCAUGAGCGUGUGUGCGCCCAGAGUUUGCAUCAGCUACAUCCAAGCAGCCAACUGCACCGGGAGGCCCCAGGACGUCACCGAGUCCAGUUUGUCUUUCUACUCGGGUCAUUCUUCAUUUGGCAUGUACUGCAUGCUCUUCUUGGCGCUCUAUGUGCAGGCCAGACUCUCUGCUCGGUGGGCCAGACUUCUACGGCCGACCAUCCAGUUUUUCCUGGUGGCCUUUGCUGUGUAUGUGGGCUACACUCGGGUUUCUGAUUACAAGCAUCACUGGAGCGAUGUGCUGGUGGGACUGCUGCAAGGAGCCCUGGUCGCUGUGCUCAAUGUGCACUUUGUGUCCGACUUCUUCAAGAAACGCCCUCCGCGGCAUUGCACCCAAGCCACAGAGGAGAGUGAAGGCCCAGAGCAGAAAGCCAGCCUCCAAAUCGCAGACUCUGAGCACAGCAACCAUUACAACUACCACCCCAGCUCUGGACCCGUGUAG